ACAGGACUUUUAUUUUGGCGUGGCGCUAUGACGUCAUAAGGCUGCGCUGCGCGAUUCUGUUGGAUAAAAAGGAUGAAGUGUUCAAAGUCAAACACACAGAGAAACUCCUGCUGAAGCACACUGUUAUAAAGAUGGAGUUUAUUAAAGAGGAGAGAGAAGACCUGAAGAUUGAAGAUGCUUUCAGAGUCAAACAUGAAGAUACUGAGACACAACAAACAGAGAUGAUGUUUAUUAAAGAAGAGAGAGAAGACGUGAAGAUUGAAGUCAAACAUGAAGAUACUGAGGAACAAACAGACCUGAUGACACUGAAAGAGGAGAGUCAAGAACUAAAUGAAAUGGAAGAGAAAAACUUUAAGACUGGUAAAGAAUCAUUUAGUUACUCACAGACUGAUAAAACAGAAACUAUGAACCUUAAUGCCCACAUGAGAAUUAACACUGGAGAGAAGCCGUUCAUAUGCUCUCAGUGUGGAAAGAGUUUUAAACGGAACAAAAUCCUUACAGGCCACAUGAGAAUUCAUACUAGAGAGAAACCUUACAACUGCAAACCGUGUGGGCAGAGUUUCACUCAAAAACAAGGCUUUGAAGACCACUUGAAAAUCCAUGCUGGAGAGAAGCUGUUCAUAUGCUCUCAGUGUGGAAAGACUUUUAGACAGAAAAGAGAUCUUAAUGCCCACAUGAUAAAUCACAUUGGAGAAAAGUCUUACUCCUGCAAACUGUGUGGGAAGACCUUCAGACGAAAAGAAAAUCUUAAGAAUCACAUGAGAGUUCACACUGGAGAGAAGCCAUUCAUCUGCUCUCAGUGUGGAAAGAGUUUCAGUCAGAAAAGAGAUCUUAAUGACCACAUGACAAAUCACACCGGAGAAAAGCCUUACUCCUGCAAACUGUGUGGGAAGAGCUUCAGACGAAAAGAAAAUCUUAAGAAUCACAUGAGAGUUCACACUGGAGAGAAGCCGUUUAUCUGCUCUCAGUGUGGAAAGAGUUUCAGUCAGAAAAGAGAUCUUAAUGCCCACAUGACAUAUCACACUGGAGAAAAGCCUUACUCCUGCAAACUGUGUGGGAAGGGCUUCAGGCGAAAAGAAAAUCUUAAUAAUCACAUGAGAGUUCACACUGGAGAGAAGCCGUUUGUCUGCUCUCUGUGUGGAAAGAGUUUUAGUCAGAAAGGAAAUCUUAAUGUUCACAUGACAAAUCACACUUUAAUCAUCACAUGAGGAUUCACUCAGUAGAGGACUGUUUUAUAUGUCAUCAGUGUGAAAGGAGUUUCACAGACAGGAGUCACCUUGAGAAUCAUGUAAAAAUUCACAUCAGGGUGAAGCCUUACAUGUGCCAUCAAUGUGGAAUGAAUUUAACAAACAGCAAACCUGGAGGAUCACAUGAGAGUUCACACUGGAGAGAAGCCUUUCACCUGCAAACUGUGUGGAAAGAGCUUCACGGUUAAAGAAAACCUUAAGAGAGUUCACACUGGAGAGAAGCCUUACAAGUGUGUUCAGUGUGAUAUGACUUUCCCAUAUCACAUAAGCCUGAAACAUCAUUUGCAAACUCAUUCUGGAAAUAAUUCAUCGUUUUCCUUAGUGUGACAUGGUUUAGAAAAAGGGGUAAUAUCAGCAAUCAUCUGUGCAUUCACUCUGAAGAAAGACAGUUUAAUUGGGAUCAAUGCAAUAAAAUCAUCACACUUAUACAUGCAUAUGCAAAGUCAUGUAAAUGUGAGAGCCUGUUUUGUUCUUUGUUAAAGAAUAUGACAAUAGAAAAUGUAUAUCCAUUUGAAAUAAGCAGCUGAAUGUGAGCAUCUGAUUUCCACCUCAUGAUCACUUCUUUUAUUUGUAUUAUUGUGUUAGUUAUAUCCUACAUCUCUUUAUACUUUACCUUUUGAAUCGAUGCAUCGCGAAUGGAGAAAUGAUUCAGCAUCAAUUUUGAGAUUUUCCGAAUACAUCGCGAUUCCUUCUUGAGUCGAUUCUGAGGUUAGUUUUGAACAGCAGAUGGCGCUGCAUGCUUUAGAAACAGUUACUCUGCUUGUUUCUAAAUCCUUGCACACACUUGAACCUAAAAUAAUCAUUCAUAAAACUCGAAAAGGUUGAAGUUGUUCACAGUGGGAUGUUUACAUUAAUCUUGCGUCAUAAAAGCAUUCUGAGCCGACGUGAAAUUACAUGACUCAGCCGAACGCACAAGUGCUCUUCAGCACUCUUCUUCAUGAGCAUUUGAAUGUGCGGAUAAAAACUAGAUUAGAGCGCCAUCUGCUGUUAAAAUCUAAGAUCAGAAUCGAUUCCAGAGAGAAUCGCGAUGCAUUCGGAAGAUCUCAGAAGCGUUCCACGAAUCGAUUCUGCAUCGAUUUAUCAUCGCAGCCCUAGUGAGAACGCCUGACCAUCUUCUUUGCAAUACUUUCAUUUUUUUAACAGUUGAGGUAGACGCCCUUUAAUUUAAAUGAUAUAGAGGUGUUGCUAAGCUUAUUUGCAAUGUAUUUGUGAGGUGUUUUUGAAUGUGCUGUAAAACAAAGAAAUUUCUGGGGAUAAAACACCAGGACUGCCCCCGAAAGUACUUUCCACAAAAAAAAGAGGCAAGCUCAGAGGAUGUUGGUAUUGUUUGUGUCAACAUAUACAGAGGCAAGAAAAAGUUUCUUGGAAGCUUUUGAACUGAUUUAAUGGCAUGUGUUCAAUAAAGACACUACAUUCACAAAACUGUGUAAAAAGUUUCUACCUUGUUGACCUGGAUUACAAAUGAUUUCUGAGUUUCAUGAGAUGUUCAUGAGUCUCGUUUGUCCUGAACUGUCCACUGUUCUUCAGAAAAAUCCUUAAGGU